UGAGCCGGCGGGGGCUGGAGGGGUAACCGGUUAGGGUUCCUGGUGCUGCAGGCGCCGCGGUGUUCGGGAGUCCCCCUCGGCGAGGCUGUGCCCCUCUUCGCCCGGCUCCCGGUGCUCUCCAGCCGCCGGCCCGCUCCCGGAAGCCGCGGCAGCUGAUAACAAAGAGCCUGCCGGGCCGCCUGCUGCCCGGACUGAGGGCCCCAGGAGUCGCGCGGAGCGGCUGGGGGCGAGCGCGAACCGGGCCAUGAGUCGGGGUUCGCGGCGGUGAGGGGCGCGGCCGGCGGCCGAGGCUGGUGUGGGCCGAGAGGCCGCCGCUCCCACUGCACCGCCCGCGCGGUGCUCCGGGCGCCGGUGCCUGUGGUCUCCCGGCCGCUGCAGCUGGGAAAGUGGCUUCACGACCUUCUCCCGGGGCUCCUGGCCCUUAGCUGCAAAGAAACGGCGCUCAGUCCCGGCCGCCGAACCCCGGGUUCUCUGCGGGACUCAGAGGAUCCGACUCUUCCCCGAGGUGCUCUGAAGCUUUGUGUGAAGAAGCUGGGGAAGCCUGACGCUUGUGGUUUUUGUUUUUAAUAAAAAGUUUUUCUAAGUCUCCGUUUUUAGAAAUUUUUGCGGAUUUUGCACUACUCUCUACCUCUUCGCAUCCUUUUUCCUGCUCCUGAAGUCCUUUUCCUCAGCUGUCAACAUUUUUACUACCAGCAGAUCAGACCAGGGAUGCAAGUUUUGUAAUUGAAAGUGUGACUGUUACAACCACGCCGAGAUAGUAGCCAAGAUGGACAAAAAGUCCUUUGAAAUGGUGCUGGAUGAAAUUAGAAAGGCUGUUUUGACAGAGUACAAAUUGAAAGCAAUUGAAUAUGUACAUGGAUACUUCUCCAGUGAACAGGUGGUUGAUUUACUGAGAUAUUUUUCCUGGGCUGAGCCUCAGUUGAAAGCAAUGAAAGCAUUACAACAUAAAAUGGUGGCUGUUCACCCAGCAGAAGUGGUCAAUAUACUUAACUGUUUCACCUUCAGUAAAGACAAAUUAGUUGCUCUUGAACUGUUAGCUUCAAACAUUGUGGAUGCACAGAAUUCUCGUGCCAUUGAAGAUUUAUUCAGAAUAAAUAUGUCUGAGAAGAAACGGUGCAAGAGAGUACUUGAACAGGCUUUCAAGGGGGGCUGCAAAGCUCCUCAUGCUAUGAUAUCUUCUUGUGGAACGAUCCCAGGAAAUCCAUAUCCCAAAGGAAAACCUAGUCGCAUAAAUGGAAUUUUCCCAGGAACCCCUUUGAAAAAAGAUGGUGAAGAAUGUGCUAAUGAAGGCAAAGGAAUAGCUGCACGGAUUCUUGGACCAUCCAAACCUCCUCCUUCAACAUAUAAUCCACAUAAACCUGUUCCUUAUCCAAUACCUCCAUGCAGGCCACAUGCAACUAUUGCACCAAGUGCUUAUAACAAUGCAGGUCUGGUACCAUUAGCCAAUGUCAUAGCACCAGGUGUACCCCCUCCACCUCCGUAUACUCCUAAUCCACUAGCAACAGAAAAUGAAGACCUUUCUAAUCAGUCAAAAUCUACACAGAAUCAAACAUUUUCCACUUCAGCAAGUCAACUGUUUUCUCCUCAUGGUUCUAAUCCUUCAACACCUGCUGCACCUCACGUUCCUACUGCAUCACCAGUGAAGGCAGUAAAUCAUCCAUCAGCAUCAGCAGCUGGCACUGUUUCUGGAAUGAACAUGCUGAAUACUGUCCUCCCUGUGUUCCCAGGACAGGUCUCCUCAGCCAUUCAUGCACCUCAGCCUUCAAUGCCAAACCCAACAGUUAUCAGAAUGCCUUCAUUGCCUACUGCAGCUGUUACUUCCGUUCACAGUACAACAUCCACUGCUGUUCCUUCUGUUUUUUCUGGCCUAGUACCACUGCCAGGUGUUUCUGCUACUCCUACCCCAGCCCCUCAGGCUACAUCUACACCUCGGACCACUCUUGCUUCCAAUGAAACAUUUGCUUCUACUUCCACUCCUUUCACUAGCCUCCCCUUUUCGGCCAACUCUACUGCUGCUUCUGCCAACAACCCAAAUUCUACUUCAUUGUCAUCAGUAUUUGCAGGUCUCCCUUUGCCUUUAACACCAGCAUCCCAAGGUGUCUCCAACCCUACUCCUUCUGUAAUUGCUGGUGGUUCUGCUCCCGGCGUUGCUGGUCCACUUGGUGUAAACAGUCCUCUUCUGUCUGCUUUAAAAGGCUUUCUGACAUCAAAUGACACCAAUUUAAUCAACUCCUCUGCUUUCUCCUCUGCUGUUACAAGUGGGCUGGCUUCAUUAUCUUCCCUUACUAAUCAAAACUCUGAUUCUCCUGCUUCAGCCCCUAACAAGUGCUAUGCCCCAUCAGCCAUUUCCACCGCACAACGGUCUUCCACUCCAGGGCUGGCCAUGUUCCCCGGCCUGCCAUCUCCUGUGGCUAACUCAACGUCCACUCCCCCGACUUUGCCUGUACAGUCUCCUUUAGCUACUCCUACGUCAGCUUCAACAUCAGUGCCAGUUAGCUGUGGCUCCUCAGCUGCCCUUUUGCACGGCCCCCACCUGGGUACCUCCGACCUGCAUGUUUCAUCUACUCCUGCUGUAACAACUCUUCCUGUCAUGAUCAAAACUGAGCCCACCAGUCCUACUCCCUCAGCUUUCAAAGGCCCAUCUCAUUCAGUGAAUCCCUCUCAUGGCACUUUAGGUUUGUCAGGGACAUUGGGCCGUGCAUAUACUUCAACAUCAGUGCCCAUCAGUUUAUCUACCUGCCUUAAUCCUACAUUAUCAGGUCUCUCCGGUUUGAGUACUCCCUUAAAUGGUUCCAAUCCCCUUUCUUCUAUUUCCCUUCCACCACAUGGUUCCUCCACUCCUAUCGCUCCGGUAUUCACUGCUCUUCCUCCUUUUACUUCUUUGACCAAUAAUUUUCCUUUAACUGGCAAACCCUCUCUUAAUCCCCCUGUGUCUCUUCCAGGGUCAUUAAUAGUCACCUCAUCUACCACUGUCACCUCCACAUCUCUCCCUCAUCCCAGCUCUACAGCAGCUGUUCUCUCAGGGCUUUCUGCCUCAGCACCAGUCUCAGCAGCGCCUUUUCCCCUCAACUUGUCUACAGCUGUCCCCUCGCUUUUUUCAGUCACCCAAGGACCCCUGCCAUCUUCAAACCCCUCCUACCCUGGCUUUUCUGUCUCUAAUACCCCAAGCGUCACUCCUGCUCUCCCUUCAUUCCCGGGGCUGCAGGCGCCCUCUACAGUUGCAGCUGUCACACCACUACCUGUGGCUGCCACAGCCCCAUCACCGGCUCCCGUCCUCCCAGGAUUCGCUUCAGCAUUUAGUUCUAAUUUCAACUCUGCUCUCGUUGCACAAGCCAGUUUGUCAUCUGGACUUCAAGCUGCAGGCGGUUCUGUUUUUCCAGGUCUUCUGUCCCUCCCAGGUAUCCCUGGGUUUUCCCAGACUCCGUCACAAUCAUCCUUACAAGAAUUACAGCAUAAUGCGGCUGCACAGUCUGCUUUGUUACAGCAGGUUCAUUCAGCUUCAGCUCUGGAAAACUAUCCAGCUCAGCCCGAUGGGUUUCCUAGUUACCCUUCAGCACCAGGAACACCAUUUUCUUUGCAACCAGGCCUGUCCCAAAGUGGGUGGCAGUGAAUAUAUUUUAAUUUUUAUUUUUCGGAGCAACAUCAGAAUUGCCUAGGACUGCAGUGAACAAUCUGACAAAUGUGAAGUUGGCCAACAGUCAGAAAAUGAGUAUGAGGAUAAUCCUGGUGAAAUUGUGACGGAAGUUUAAAAGUCCUGGUUGCGUUUUUUAAAAUGAUUUUAAGUAUGAACACUCCCCUAUGUAAAUUUGCUGACAGUAAAUUGUAUGGAGAAUAGUAUUUAAAAAGUGUUUGGGAUUUUUCACCUCCCAUCCAAUGAAAUUUUGAAUUGUGUAUGUGAUUUAUGUAGAAAAAAUAUUAAAGAGGAGAUUGAACUCUUUAUAGCCGAAUAUAGCCUUAAAUCUAUUUGUAUAGCAUCCAUUGACAGAGGUAAUAGUUGUGCCUCAGACUUAUGGGUUACAUGUGGCCCUGAGGGAGUUACUACCCUUGGUUUUCAUGAAUGGUUCCUAUUAGCAUCAGCUGGAACUCAGUACUCCGUAUGUGUCCACAAAAGGGACUUGAAACCCACAGUAAUUUUAAAUUUCUGAUAUCACCUAUCAUACUGCUGAGUUUAACUCAAUAUAUUUCAGGUAAGUGAAAAUGGUGCUUAAUGUAGUCUUUAGGAUGACUUUCAGGUGUUUUUGACUAAAAAUACAUAUCCAGAACUGCAUUCUUACAGAAAUACAAGGAAGGCUUAUGAUAAUUUGCCUUCAAAACAUGUUUCCAAAUCUCAGCAGUAUCCAAAUGAGUGAGGAACAUUUGUCUGACUCUUGGGCCAGCUCUAUUACUCGUUGAACUCUGGAAGUUCUUGGUGAAUGUUUACAAUCAUGAGAUGUAGUAUUUCUAUUUGUACUUAAAGUGAAAUGCUUAUCUGAAAUAACUAUGUGGCAACAAAUAAGAAGACUUCCUCUGUUAGUAUAUAUGCAGUGUUUACUGUAUUCAAGGGUCUAAGAUAGUAUCAUAUGAUUGAAUGUCAAUUAUUUAAGAAUAAGAACUGCCACAUUUGUGGGAGGGGUGGAGUAGGGAGAAUGAAUUCCAAUCCUGUGUGAUUAAAAGUGUAAACUAGAGAAUCUACUGUAGUACAUUUCAGCAUCUAGAAGUUUUACUUUUAUAAAGAUUGUGUCUGGAAGAUGUUGCUAAUGUAUUUUCCUUCAAC